AUGGGCGCAACCCUCUCCCAGCUCUUCCCCCCCGCACCCGGCUUGACGGAAACAAACCUCCCAUCACAAAAAGGCAAAGUCUUCGCCAUUACUGGGGGAACCUCAGGUGUCGGCUUCGAGCUCGCUAAAAUCCUAUACUAUGCCGGAGGUACCGUUUUCAUCACCUCUCGUUCGACACCAUCCCUUGCAGCGACCAUCAAGCAAAUAAAAUCUGAGGCACUGAGCGAGAGCGAAGGAGAUAUUGAUGGGGUGGUUUUGGACCUUGCGGACCUUUCGACUAUCAAGCAAGCUGCGGAAGCACUGCUAGCUAAAACAAGGCAUAUCGACGUCCUCUUCUUAAACGCAGGGGUAUCACAACCUCCGCCAGGUAUCACCACAGCACAAGGCUACGAACUUCAGCUUGGUGUAAACUGUCUCGGCCACUUCCUGCUUGCGCAUAUCCUUCUCCCCGCUCUCGUCACCGCAGCAGAUAAAUCAAAAGAACGUCAAGAGGUGCCGGGCACCACCCGCAUAAUUUGGACGUCGUCACAAGUCGUUGACGGCGCUCCUACUGGCGGCUUCCCCAUGUCUGUAAUCGUAACACCACCCGCUAAACCCAUAGUAAACUACACCAACUCCAAACUCGGGAACUGGUAUCUUGCUUCAUACUUCAGUACUCUGCCGCAAGUACGCAAUUCCUCUAUUUUAAGCAUAACACAGAACCCUGGAAACAUGAAAACAAAUCUGAUGCGCCACGGAGCGAAAUGGAUGUACUAUCUUGCCUUCCCGCUGUUAUAUCCAGGAAAGAUGGGCGCAUAUACAGAGCUUUGGGCAGGCUUGAGUUCCGAACUCGGGAUGCUGGAUGCGGGGGGUUAUGUCGUGCCUUGGGGGAGGAAACAUCCUGGACUCCGGGAAGACCUGUUGAAGAGUCUGAAGAGUAAAGAAAAUGGUGGGACAGGAAGAGCGGAGGAGUUCGCAGCAUGGUGUGAAGAACAGGUCAAGGAUUUUCGUUGA